UAGUACGUUAUGCUGAUGAAGCGGUUGUUACAGUCACUUACUAAACCUGUUCACAAUGGAAAUCGAUUAUGGAACAGUGGUGUUAACUUGAAUGGGCCAGAUUGUGUUUCCAAACCCUCACGGUUAGGCCCGGUGGACAGUGUGGCUCGCACGCGGUAUCUUAGCAUGGGGAUUCACCAUCCCUCAUUUGAUGAAAGCCAAAAGCCGGUCACCGUGUCGCUGUAUCAGAUCAAGAAAACUAUCAAAGCAUCUAGUUCCUCUGGAGGCGAAAGUGUGGAAGGUGCAACUUGCAUUCAAACAUUUUGCCCCGUGUGCCAUACCGUGCCGGGCGCAGUAGCGCAAAAUGAUCCGCUCGCUGAACCUUGCCCCCGAAUUUACAUCAAUAAAACGACCGGAAACUUUACAUGCUCUUCAUGCCAGUAUCUGGGCCGAUGGGAGCAUAUAGAAAAGUUUUUCCUUCCCUACAAUCGCUCACCAAAGUCCGUGCAGGAGAUGCGUAAGCUGCGUGACGCCUUUUUAGAGAUAAAAAAAGAACAAGAAGGUAGCACCGUUUCGCUACCGGUUGAUGUGGUGGCCCUCGAUGCGGAAAGUGCCAAAACCGUGCUAAUACAACUACAGUUGGACGAGCAUAUCAAUCCGGAAACGCUGGUAACGCUGAAAGCACGUUGGAACUCAGAAAGCAACGAGUUGGUCGUACCUCUCGUAGAUGUGGAGGAUCGGGUUGUUGGCUUCAAGAUACUUCGACGGAGUGACUGCGGCGGAGAGAUCUCCGAACGAACGAUACCGGAAGCAAACGCAAGUGGCAUCAUUUACCUUCGCUGUCCUUCGGGGACUGGUGCGAAAGCGAAAGACCAAAGCCAAACGAACGCAAUUCUGGUGCUAACAGUGCUUGAUUUGCUGGCGCUCGGGAGUAUAAAAUUAAAUGCCACUGCGGUCUGUCUUCCGCACGGACUCAAGAGUCUCCCGCAGCAGUGCCUUCCCGCGCUGGAAAGGUUUCAACGGCUGACACUGUGGUUCAACUAUGACACGGCAGGGUGGGACACGGCACGGCACUACGCAAAAAAAUUGGACGAACGGCGCUGCCUGUUUGUACGACCAACAGACCAACAUCCCACACCGUACCAGGCUCUUGGCCAAAAAGAGGGCCUGGAGCUGAGGGCGAUCCUGGCGAAAGCACAAACGAUUCUGCAUCAAUCGAUCACAACGUUCCGAACGCUGCGCCAGGACGUGCUUAGCGAUCUACAGAACAUCGAUAAGGUGCAGGGUGUCAAGUGGCAGCGCUAUCCGUCGCUCAACAAACUGCUCAAAGGCCACCGCAAAGGCGAGCUGACCGUGCUGACUGGGCCCACGGGCUGUGGAAAGACGACCUUCAUGUCGGACUACUCGCUCGACCUGGCCCAGCAAGGUGUUUCGACGCUCUGGGGAUCGUUCGAGAUACGCAACACGCGACUGGCGGCCACGUUGCUUCGACAGAUGCUGGGCCGCCCGUUGAGUGACAACCUCGUUGAAUUUGAGCGAUGCGCCGACGAGUUCGAGCGGUUGCCGAUCUAUUUUAUGACCUUUCACGGCCAGCAACCGAUCAAGCUGGUAAUGGAAGCGAUCGAGCACGCGCAGUAUGUGCACGACAUCCACCACGUGAUUAUUGACAAUCUGCAGUUCAUGAUGGGUGUUCUCGACGAGGGAAAGCAUCUCGAUCGGUACUGGAAGCAGGAUGCGAUCAUUGGAUCGUUCCGUUCGUUUGCCACACGCCGCAACUGUCACGUGACGCUCGUGAUACAUCCGCGGAAGGAGCGCGACACGGACGAACUGACGACCAGCUCGAUCUUUGGCGGCGCGAAGGCAUCCCAGGAGGCGGACAACGUGCUGAUCAUACAGGACAAGCGGUUGACGUCGGUACGGGGCAAAAAAUAUCUGCAGGUGGCGAAGAACCGUUACAGCGGCGAUCUCGGCAUCAUGCCGCUGGAUUUUGAUAAAGGAAGCCUCAGUUACGCACAGCGAAAGAAACAGAAAGAGGGAAGUGACGACACGGCAACCGAACCUGGCGAUGCGCACGGUGUGAUACUUUAGUUAUGGUCACAAACAAAAGCGAAUGCGUUUUAGUCACUUCAGCCGCCUUUAAUGCCGAAUGUCCAUAUUUGGUCGAAGUUUUUCAAAUAGAAGUAGUCCCUGCCAAGA